AGAGAGCAAGAGAGAAAGAGAGUGUUCCGUCUGCCGGAGGAGCAGCCAGAGUAGCUCACGAGUGAGUGAGCGAGGGAGAAAUAAGGCGAGCCCAGCGGCGGCCUGACUGGGUCUUGGAUUACAGGAGUGCAUUAAGGGAAUAACGCUUACGUUCCACCUCAGGAGAGAGCAAGAGAGAGAGAGAACGGCAGAGAGGGCAAGUCAGGAAGCCACUGUUUUGCCCUAACCUGCCCCCCACUCGGUGCCCUUCUCUGCCCUCCUCCCUGCCCGCUGCCCCGGCCCUGCCAGGGCUGCCGGCGGGGUACGGGGGCAUCCCCGAGGGCAAAGGACUAUGGGACACGCUACCAGUGCUGACACAUUGGCAAGGCAACCACCAGUCAUCAACCAUGACGAUGAAGUCGACCAGCAGCACAGCACGACGGGCAGCGAUGGGGGGAACUCCGGCGACAGCACCGUGCCGACCAAGAGCAAGGGCAAGUUCUCCCACCUGGGCAACAUCUUCAAGCCCUGGAAGUGGAGGAAGAAGAAGAGCAGUGAGAAGUUCAAGGAGACCUCUGAAGUGCUGGAGAGGAAGAUCUCAAUGAGAAGGCCCCGACAGGAGCUGAUUGAGAGGGGCGUUCUGAAAGAGAUCCCUGAGAACGAAGCCAACAAUGGCAACCUCUCCAAGGGGCCACCACCCUACUCAGCCAAAAACGGGCACGCCGUGGGUGGUGAUCGGGACCGAGAUCGGGACGACCGCUCCUCGGUGCUCGGGGGUUCAGAACCAGCCCGCCUGAAUCCCACCUGGCUCCCGCAGGGUUCUGACGAGCGAAAGAGUAGCUUAGUCCCCGAGGCCGACCGGCGCAGCCAGACGGGCGGCCGCCGCCGCUGGAUGUGGACGCCCGCAUGCGCAUGCACGCGACCAGGACCCGAGCAGCAAGAUGGCCGCCAACGGCGACGGGAGGAAGGAUGCCACGCUCCCCCGCGGAGGAGGGGGGCAGGAGGGGAGGAAGGAUGCCACGCUCCCCGCGGAGGAGGGGGGCAGGAGGGGAGGAAGGAUGCCACGAUCCCCCGCGGAGGAGGGGGGCCGGAGGACGGGCGAACGAAAAGGGACGAAAGAAAAGACGACAGAAAAGACUGGAGAGACGAAAGGCGAGAUGAACGGAAGGACGACAGGAGAGAUGAUAGAAAGGACGAGAGAAGAGACUGGAGGGAUGAGCGAAAAGACGAGAAGAGAGACGAGCGGCGAGACGACAGAAGAGACGAGAGGAAAGAAUCGAGAGACGAACAAAGAAACGAGCGAGAUGACCGGGGAAGGAGGGACGACCGAGACGAGCGAGAUAAACGAGGCGACAGGAAAGACGAGCGAGACACCAGAGACACCAGAGACAGACGAGACCGCAGAGACGAGCGGAUAGAGAAAGAUGAGAGGGAGAGAAGAGACGGCAGAGGAGAAAGAGAGGACCGGGAGAGAGACCGAAGAGACGACCGAGACAGGAGAGAUGAACGAGAGAAAAGAGACGAGCCGCAGAAAAGAGAGGAGAGUGACCGAAAGGACAGGAGAGGAGACGAACGUGAGAAGAGAGAAGAGAGGGAUAGAAGAGACGAGCGAGAGAGGAGAGACGUGCGAAGGCCGUACUCUGAGAUGGAUGUGAGAACAGGCCUGCAGAAGAGCGCAUCAGAGGAGGGCCAGAAGCCAAGGCCUGCCUCAGAGGCCGACCGCAGGACCACGCUGCCUCGACACACACCCAUUGUUGAGGAGGGCAGGGGACGCACAGAGUCGCUGGGCGUGCGCUUCGCAGCCGAACCCGACCCCCGACCAGGACGGGACUCCCUGAAGGACCCUCCACCCCACCAACCCCCCAAACAGGCCAUGCUGCCCCCCAAGUGGUUGAUGUCGUCCACGGAGCAAACGGGAACCCCCCCUGGCUCCUCCUCCUCUUCCUCAUCCUCCACAUCCUCCGCACCCCCCAUUGCUAAGCCCCCGCCUCGGACCGUGUCUCUGCUGGUCCCCAGCGACGCCCCUUCCCCAGUUCCUCCUCCCCACGGGGGCGAUCAGGACACCCCCCAUCCCUCCUCCGCUCCCGUGCCUGCGUCCGCCCCCCUCCCCACCCCCCACUUCAAACAGCCCCCGGUGCCCCCUCCAAAACCCACCAAUCGCAACAGCAACCCCGCCCUGCUAGCGGAAUUGUCUCAGGCUGCGGGCGGAGCCAACCUGCUGCACGUCAAGCGCUCCCCUCCCACUCCGCCCAAGAGGACCACGCCCGUCACCAAGCGCCACUACGAAGAGCAGCCCGCCUCAGCCAAUCAGGGUGAGAGCUCAUCCUCCGCCCCGCCCGCCUCUGUGCCCGUCCCCACCUCCUCCGCCACGGGCAGCGAUGAGGACGGUGCCAAGGCUGGCAUGGUUGCCGCGGCGUUCCAGCCUCCGUCUCCUCCGGCCUUCUCACCCCCUCCAGCCCACAUACCCCCGACUCCUAACCGCGUCCACCCCCAGCCGAAAGCUGCCCCCGCUGCUGCCCCCCCAGGUGACUGUGACCGACCCCCCAGCCCCACCACGGAGCCCCCCAGCCAACCGCCCCUCCCGCUUCACAUCCUGAUCCAGCGGGCUCUGGCCAGCCCCGGGCCGGCGGUGGCCAACCCGGACGGCUCCCAGCGCGCCCACUCGCUGCUCUUCGACAAACCCCCCGACAUCAUGCUGGAGGAGGGCAACCGCCACUCGCUGCCCAUCACCAUCGAGCCGCUCCGACUGCAGGAGGAUGAUGACUUCGACAUGGAGGAGGAGCUGCGUAAGGCGCGUUCAGCCGCGCGGCGCCCCCUACAGCCGGCCCUGGAGCCACGCAGCCGUCGGGGCCUGGUGGAGGACCCCCGCGUCUGCGUCAUCCCCGAGACCAGCGGCCCCGGAGACAGCGACGAAGAGGAGGAGGGGGACGAGAGAAUGUCCGAGGAGGAGGACGACAGCGACUCAGACGGACCCAUCCUCUACAGGGACGAUGAUGAAGAUGAGGACGAGGAUGUUCCCGUUAGUGGUCUUGCGGGCCGUGUGAAGCGUAAGGACACGCUGGCUCUGAAGCUAGAGCGGCAGCAGCAGCAGCUGCAGCAGCACGAGCAGCAGGACAAUGGCGUCUGGAAGAACCGCGAGCAGUGGGAGGCCAUCCGCAGCAAGAUCGGCUCUACACUCACACGGAGGCUGAGCCAACGGCCCACUGCUAACGAGCUGGAACAGAGGAACAUUCUUCCAGCCAUGAACGAGGAGGACCGUCGGGAAGAGAGGAGUGAGAUCAAACGCAGACUCACCAGAAAGCUGUCCCAGAGGCCAACAGUAGCAGAGCUGCAGACCAGGGCGAUCCUGCGCUUCAACGAGUACGUGGAGUGUACCGACGCCCACGACUACGACCGCCGUGCAGAUAAACCCUGGACCAAACUCACCCCCGCAGAGACGGGUGAAGGAACUAAUGACAUGUUGACAUAA